AUGACUCUUUUCGUGGAAACCGCGCCUCCAUCCUACGCGGACUCUCUUCAUCAUCUCUCUUUGUCUACCUUCCCCGCGAUCGUCGAUUUCGCCUUUGUUUUCUCGGACCCCCUUCUUUUCCUGGUUCGCCACCUGGUUGAGUCGUUCGCGGCUAGAGCCGUUGGAUUGGACGAACUUAUUGGGACGCGAUGGAUUCGUACGAAGGAUAUGCGUCUCCCGGCAGAAGCCGCGAGCCGGAUUCAUUUUCGGGCCGUCCGCCUGCGGAGUCCUACAGACGCCGGUCACCGGCUCAUGAUGGCUCUAGUUUCUCAAGAUCGACGCCGUGGUGGUCGUGGCCGCUCCCGCUCCCCCAUGAUUGAUCGCUACGAGCCUACGGAACGCCGACCCCGAGAGGACUUCUACAACAGUUCUCGCGAACAUGCCGCGCGAGAGCGUGAAGAUCGCCGCCGACCCCCCUCACCAAACGUUGCGAACAUCGACCGCUACAUCCCGGGCCAGGAUGGCGGCAAGCGCCUACCUUUGAGCAAUCCUCUGCCCAACCCGCUCAGCCUUGAUUUUCAAGUCGGAUUCAAUUGGUUUGCCGAAUGGUGGCGAAGCGAACAAGAUAUUAAUGCGGAAAGAGAACGUGCCAAGCAUGGUGGCCGACGCCCAUCGGAUCGUGUCAAGGGAGAACGUGAAGCCCGCGAAGACCGAGAGAAAGAACGGGCCCAGAUCCAGGCUGCCUAUGAUUCAUACAAGGUGGAUCUCCAGAUCAAGUUGGCCAGGACAUUUGUGCAACAGCACUGCAACGAAGAGUGGUUUAAAGAACGCUAUACCUCCGAGGUGCGAGAUCCGCUUCGCAGUCGCUUGACGGCCUUCCGGAAAGGCGCAUAUGAUCAAUGGGAGCGUGAUCUGAACGGUGGUCUCUUCGAUGACUAUACCCUAGAAGGCAUCUACAAGAGUGAGAGCGAUGGUGCGGGUGGAAUUGUUGAAAAAGAAGAGGGGGAAGCCACUGCUGUUGGUGAGACUCUCGGUGUUCUCGACCUACUCCCUGUUCGAGGGGGCGAGCUGCGAGAUGAGACUCUGUCCCAGCCGGCCCUGCUCAUCAAAACCCUCGCGCCGAAUGUAAGUCGGAUCAAGAUCGAGGAAUUCUGCAAGGAACACCUCGGGGAAAGCGACGGUGGCUUCAAAUGGCUCAGCCUAAGUGACCCAAAUCCUUCUAAGAAGUUUCAUCGAAUGGGGUGGAUCAUGCUGCAUCCUGGCGCUGAUACUACCAAUAUCGUGGAACGUGGAGAUGGUCGCGAGGAGGAAGGCGAGGAAAUGGACCAUGAGGAUGGUACCAAUGGCAGCACGACGAUCAGUGCAGCCGAAAAAGCUUUGGAUGCAGUCAAUGACAAGACAAUCCACGAUCCCAUCCACGGAGAUUUUGUUUGCCAUGUUGGUGUACAUGUUCCACCAUCGCAACCGCGAAAGAAGGCAUUGUGGGAUCUCUUUUCCGCCCCGGAACGAAUUGAACGUGAUUUGGAGCUUGCCCGGCGAUUGGUUAUUAAGUUUGAUACUGAAAUGGGAGAAGAGGUGGAUGGGUUCGCCAAGAUCGAAGAACGCAUCGAUGAUUUGCGUGGCAAAGGCUGGCUUCAGCCUCCAGUCACAGGGCCCGUUAGUGUCAAAAAGCAGAAAGAUGACUUCGAUGAAGACGGCGCCGAGGAAGGUGAAAUGGAAGAAGGCGAGGAGAAGGAAAGUCCCGAGGAAGACGAAGUUGAUGACGAAGAACUCUUGGCCAAGAAAAAGAAGCUGGACUUGAUGGUCGAGUACCUGCGACGCGUCUACAACUUCUGUUUCUUCUGCGUUUUCGAGAGCGACUCUGUUCACGAGCUUAGUCGCAAAUGCCCCGGUGGACACCUUCGUCGCCCGCGAACCGGCCUCUCUAGCCAAGCCAAGGACGUUGCUCGAGCCAGCGCCCUCGGCCAGCCAUUCCCCGUGAAAAAGAAGGAGCCGAGUGAAGAUGGCGAGGAACGAGCUUCCCCCGUGCAAGAGAAACGACCCCAUCGGUUCUCGAAAUCCGAGCAACAGCUUCAGCGUGCUUUCAACUGGGUCAAGACUUUUGAAGACAAGUUGUUGCAGAUCCUGGAGCCCGAGAAUGCCGACCUGCGUAAGCUCGGUGGCAAGCCUGUUGACCAGGCUCUUGAAGACGAGCUGGCCAAGUAUGUCAAACAAGAAGAUGACUCGCGGUUCCGGUGUAAGGUACCGGAGUGCACGAAGCUUUUUAAGGCAGAAAACUUCUGGCGCAAGCACAUUGAGAAGCGUCACACAGAGUGGUUCGACAAUAUCCAGCGUGAUUUGUCUCUCGUAAACGCAUAUGUUCUCGAUCCUUCCCGCAUUGCUCCAUCGCGCUCUGAUGCCAAUAGUAAUGGCCAUUUCCCCAUGUCUGGCGGCCAAGGCCACGGCGGCACCCCACGUGGGUUCAGUCUGUCCAACAUGCCCCCCUACCUCGCGAAUGGGGCAAUCCCUGGCGGGUUCCCAGGGGCUGGCAUGCCAGGCAUGAUGGGUGCAGGGGGCGCAUGGGGCGGCAACGGGAUGGCCACUGGUGACGGGACCGGUCUGCACCAGCCAGGCGCCAUGCGACGCGGCCAGAACCGUCACAACCACCGGGCCGGCCCGUACGACCGCCGUCGAUUCAAUGGCAGCGGCCGACUCAGCCCUGUCCGCAUGGGUGGUUUGUAUGGCCCAGGUGGUCGACUUCCCACUGGUGCAGUUGUUCCUCCUGGUCAUCCGGCCGCCAACAUGGUUCCCAGCAACCCCUUCCCGGAUGCUAUGGGUGCUGGCGGUGGUCCGCAAGCUAUUCCCCCUCGUGAGGCAGUGCAGGGCCGCAGCUUAAAGAGCUAUGAAGAUCUUGAUGCUGUGGGCGGCUCUGGCAGUGGAGAGCUCAAUUACUAA